GUACGUCGGAAAGUGAUUGGGGAGCCAUAACACAUAACUUAUAUACGUUUAAUCAGAUUAUACAGCAAAUGAGAAGGGACGUGGCAUUCUUUACAUUAGAAGAUGGUGGUUCACCAAUUCGAAAUCCUUCCACUGCAAUUGAAGAUUCUCGACUUGCAUCGCUCGUGUCCCUUGAUGGCAUAAUGAAACAAGUCAAGGAUAUCGCAAGGCAAACAUCUGUUAGAAGCCUUGGUAGAAGUAGGAAGAAAGCAAUGGUUGCAUCUCUAGAUGAGCUUUCUAAUCGUAUGCCUUCUUUACUUGAGAUUGAUCAUCCAAGUGCUCAGAAGCACAUUGAAGAAGCUCGAAGUAUGGUGGAGUCAAUUCCCGAAGAGGAUGACACAGUAAAUGCUCCUCUGGAGAGAACUGCAGAUGCAGGGGGGUCUGUUGAGGAAACUGAGGUUGUACAUUGGAAUGUUCUUCAGUUCAACACAGGUUCGACAUCCCCCCCUUUUCUCAUCAAAUGUGGGGCCAACUCAAAUUCUGAACUGGUGAUCAAAGCUGAGGCCCGAGUUCAAGAACCGAAAGGAGGUGAGAUUGUGAGAGUUGUUCCAAGGCCAACUGUUCUUGAAAACAUGAGCCUGGAGGAUAUAAAACAGCUCUUCACACAUCUUCCCGAGUCCUUAAGCCACCUUGCCCUUGCUAGGACAGCAGAUGGAACCCGAGCCAGGUACUCCAGAUUGUAUAGGACCCUUGCCAUGAAGGUUCCCGCAUUGAGGGACCUUGUAACAGAACUAGAGAAGGGUGGAGUUCUCAAGGACAUGAAGUCAUCAUCAUCAUUGUCAUCAUAAGUUAAGACUUGAGACGACCAAAAAUAUAUGGUGUAUUUUGGUAUAGAAUUUCCCGUGGCGGCGGGGCUUGUGAUCUCUUGCUUCUUGUGCCAUCAUUCCAUGUAUCUUUGGGACACUGGUAAGUGGUCUCUUUUUGUGUGGAUCUAGGCAUCACUUUUGUUGCCCUUGUGACCAUGGGAGCAUGUAUCUUGGAGUGUACAUAAGGCUGUCCUUUGUAAAAAAAAACCCCGUGGCCUUUUAAUAUUCAUUCGGAGAGGUACCCUCCCCAUUUAUAUUUAGUAGGAUUCCACGGUUCUACCGGAGUACGUGAUCAUUGCACGGCAUGUAUCUUAGUUUAAAUGAUAUGGGAUUCAUUAUUUAUGUAUCAAAUAUGGUUGAAGGUUUUUUAAAUUGGUUCCCAUUUUGACCCUUGAGAUUUAUGUUGAGGAAGCAAAUGAAAAUCAUAUGGAUAG